CCGCGUGGUCAGCGCUUCCCUGCCAAGGGCAGACGAGCUCCGCCUCGGCUGCGUGUCGAAACGGCGAGGCCGGGGGCAGGGAGCGCCUCCUUUACCCUCCCCGGCGUUCGACGUGGAGCUUGCGAGCGGCAGCGCCUCGGUGGCGGCAGGGCCAGCGGAGCGGGGCGGGGUGCCGCGCACGGCGGGAGCGGCUCGACAUGGGGGGCUUCUUCUCCAGCAUCUUUUCCAGUUUGUUUGGAACUCGGGAGAUGAGGAUUCUGAUCCUGGGACUGGAUGGAGCAGGGAAAACAACCAUUCUCUACAGGUUACAAGUGGGAGAAGUCGUUACCACCAUUCCAACCAUUGGCUUCAAUGUUGAGACUGUGACAUAUAAGAACCUGAAAUUUCAAGUGUGGGACUUGGGAGGACAGACAAGCAUAAGGCCCUACUGGCGCUGUUACUACUCAAACACAGACGCGGUCAUUUACGUGGUGGACAGCUGUGAUCGAGACAGGAUUGGCACCUCCAAAUCAGAGCUUGUGGCUAUGCUAGAGGAAGAAGAGUUGAAGAAAGCCAUUUUGGUGGUCUUUGCAAAUAAGCAGGACAUGGAACAGGCCAUGACCCCCACGGAGAUGGCGAACGCUCUCGGCUUGCCAGCUCUGAAGGACCGCAAGUGGCAGAUAUUCAAAACCUCUGCAACUAAAGGCACAGGGCUUGAUGAAGCAAUGGAGUGGUUGGUGGAGGCCUUGAAGAGCAGGCAGUGAUAGAAAGCUGACCACGUGCAAAGAAGUCUCAGCUGCAUCCAGCAUCCCUCUUUCUGCAGUCCAAGUAUUUUCAGGCCACAACUGUUUGUAAAUAGGACAAAGUUGAGUUUGAUUUCUGUAACGUGGAUGCCUCUCUGGAAUUGUAAAACUAAACCAAGUCAAUGUCUGUGUACAUGAUGAUGAUGUUCUUUCUUUCUGUUUAAAGGAUGUUCUUAUGUUAUUUGUAUGAAAGUCUUACUGGCUGGGAAGGCUUUGGGGUGGUUCCCUCUAUUUUGUUCCCCCUCCCCUUUGAGUGGUUACUCUCUGUUAAGUGCAACACUAAUAAAACCUGGAACUGUCA